CACUGUUAUAGAGUGUCCUACAACAAACGGUGUAGAGAUGAAAGAAGGUGGGGACUUUCUUCACUCGUCCAUGAGUGACUGCACAUAAACUUGCGGUUGGUCUCUAAACAGUGCUGCACCGCACGGCGAGCCCACGCUUAGAGAGCAUCGUUCACUGUGUAUAAGGUAUAAACACACUGUGAAAUUCUACUUGGUCACUGUGUCCUGCUUCCUGUCUGGUUACUUAGGGGGAUUUUAAACUCCUUGCAACACAAGGGGGCUCGUCGCUUAAAGCUGCAAAACGAAAGUAUGUUGCAGACCAAGACAAGGCGGCUGAAAGCAAGGAAAAGUGUCGUGGCUUAUGGAGCUAAACUCUGAUGGUUAACAAAACACCGUAAUGAGUGGGAAAGUCUGGAUAUUGAUCACUGCAGUUUCAUUCAUCACCCAUGUUUACCAUGUCCAUUCCAAGUGUAUGCAGCAAGACAUUAAGAUACAUCUGGAUGAUAUGUUGUUGGAAGAGCAUGUGUUUCAGAUUAAGGUGUUCUCACCUGAAACAAAGGUUAUGAGCAAAGAACAUAAGGAACAUGAGCUUCUAUCAGUAAUAAAUACUCUCUGUUCAUACUGGACAAAUAAUAAGGCCAAGGAGGGAAAAAUAAAAGUUGUAAAAACUUUUCACAUAAUGCUGCAUAAUCUAGAUGCAAAAUUUGAAGACUUUUGUGCAAAUCUCAACUGCACGGAUGCUUACACAGUACGCAGCAUUGACACAGCCACUUUUGGAGAAAUGUAUAGAAACUCUUGCAAAGGAUCAGUAUCAGAUCUGAAGUGUCCAUCAAAGAGUGCACCUUUAACAACGAUCAGCCCAACUCCUGAAUUCAGUACAGAAUUUUUAACAACAGUCAGUUUAAUCACCAAAGAUCAUCAAAGCACAACAUCUUUAACAACAUUGGUCAGCCCAAACAUCACUGCUCCUAAAAAUUUGACCGCAGAUCCAUCGGCACAUACAGAAACCAUCAUUAAAGAUGACAAUCAGUGGGCUACCAUUAAAACAUGUUCUGGACUCCUGGUUGUGUCAUUUCUGCUGAAUAUUGUUUUACUCUUCACGGUGUUUCACAUGCGCUGGAAGUCAAAAACAUCCAAAGAGAGGACACUGUUAGAGUUACAAGGUAGACAUCUGAUUUAGUAAAUGAAUAAGUUUCCGAAUCACUUCGUCGGUCACCUGUUGACGUAUUUCUCCAGCUACACAGUCUUUCUCCAGUCAUCUGUUACUGCUUCCACACUCUCUAUGCAUGGCACAGUGCUGUUUUUAAAUCUGUGACUGACAUGUCCACACAGCUUGUGUUUUUUUUCAAUUACUAAUUGUGACUGUCUUGAAUGUGCCUCUGUAACUGUUAUCCUUCAUCUAUCAAGUACACCUGUUCAUGGUUUUCUGACCCAGGAUGAUAUGGAAUUAAAUGGUCUGUCUGUCUGUCUAGCCCACAGGUUAUGAGAUAUGUUUUAAGAAAUACUUUAAAUAUACCAUAAUUUGCAAUAGAGGAACACUUUAUUUUAUUAAAUCUUGGUAUUUAUUAUCAUUGUUUUUAUUUAAUCUACUCACCCAUUCCCGGUUCUCUUUGUUCUGUCAAUUAUGUAUUUUUUUUUUUUUUUACACAAAAAUAUUAUAACCAGUACAGAAACUAUCGGGGGGAAAAUCUGUCCACUUUAGCAUUCAGGUCCUCGAUGGUUGUGACAGACAGGGGAACAAAAAGUAUUUACAGCCAAGAUACCGCUGCAAAAAAGUAAUAUAUCCUGUUGUUUUCAGGAGUUUGUAUUUUAUUGUAUUGUUUAUUUGAUACAAUAUCUUACUAUGUUUAUAUUUUGCUAUGUUUGUGUGUAAGAGAGGACAUGCAUAAUAUAUUUCUGGGUAUCUCAGAUAUGAGUAAUUUUAUGUUAUUGAUCUUUGUGCUUUUUGUAAAAUUAACAGUUAUUUGCUGCAAACAACAGGAAAUAUGAUAACGUGUAUCUUAGACCUCAUUAACUAGCACUAAAAAGUUCUCAUUAAAAACAAAUGAACUGAA